AUUGCGUCCAGGACGCAUGGCGGACGAGACGCGCCGGCUGCGGCCCAUGCGCAUGGACGAGCUCGAGAUGGAUCAUGCCGAUGAAGUAGAUGGUCUUGACUUUGACUACCUCAUGGCGCUUAUCUGCAACGCCGUCGGGCCCGGCGAGAAGGACGCGCCAAGCCACACGGGCGCGUCGCUCGGCCACAUUGAUGACGACGAUGAAGAUGACGAUGAGGACGACGAUCAAGACCAUGAUGACGACGAUGGCGACACGAGCUCAUACGAGGAAGGCGAGCUUGAGACGCUCUCGACGCAUGCCCGUGCCGCGACGUACGACGUACCCAUGCAGGCAGCCCAUGCGUCGUUGCGCGCUACUGACAUUGAUGGCGGUCUCUUGCAUCGAGAUGUGUCCCACUACCUCGCAGCACGACAGCACUGCAAGACGCCAAUGGCCAGGCGACCGACCCAUUUGAGGCAGACGUUGCCUCUUGCAGCGUCGACCGCCAGCUUUGCGGCCACGUCUUCGUACCAACCAUCCACGUCGCUCAGCGCGCGCCGACGCGUGUACCCCAACUACGAGCGCAGCAUGCUUUUUGGCGAGAAGGCGCUCGAGCUGCGCGAUCUCGAGACAAUCCUCAGCGAAUACGACAUGGACGACGCGCCGGGCGACAACAUGAGCCGCCUCUUCCCGUCCGACGAUGACGACGACGACGACGAAGAAGAAGAUACCAAGCAGGCGCCGUCCAUCGACUACGAGCAAAACCUGCUGUCGCAUUUCUCGAUGCUCGGGUUCGACGCCGACAUUGUCUCGUCCGUGCUCAUCGAAGUCGUCGACGCACGACGCAGCACCAACGAGAUUUGCGCGACGCGCCAGUUUACAUCGAUCGUCCAAGCGCUUGUCGACGACCACGGUAGCGACAACAACAACAGCGACAACGAGCGUGGGGCCCGCAAAAUUCGACAGGAGCACGUCGCACCCAGCGCCGUGCAAGCCACGUCGUUUCCUUGGCCCGUAUUUGAUAUGGCGCAGUACGAGUUUGGGACGGCGCGCCCUGGCACGUGCUUCUCGUCGGUCGUCGUGCUCGUCAACGUCCCGCCCGUGAGCGACGCAACGAGCGAGACGUUGCACGGGUGUCUCUUGUCGCAGCUUUUUUCCAAGCUCUCCAACCCCAUCCAAGUCGUCCUGCCCGUCGUACCCAGCACGGGGCUGCUCAAAGGGCAUGGCUUCCUCGAGUUUUCGGACCGGCCAAACGCCACUGCGGUCGCCCGCGCCCUCGACGGGCUAACAUGGAGUCCGGCGUUCCCAGCCUUUCGCGCAAUGCUCUUCCGCGAGUAUGACGGCAGCCACCGCCUUCUGGACAACCACAAAGACAGCAGUAGCUUCGCCACUCGUGUCGACGACACCAGCAGCAACAACAACUGUGAGGACGAGCUCCGCUUUCACGCACUGGACCUCGAGAGCGAAGACGACGAGAACCACUCAGAUGCUCUUGACGCGUCGUCGCGCCGCAUGACGCGCGUGGAGCACCAGCUCGUCCAGCGGAACGAGCAGCUCGAGUACCUCAUGCAGUGCGUCGAGCGGGACCGGGACGCGAUCCUUUCGGAGAACGACGAGCUCCGGCGCAUGAUGGAGGCGUACCGCGAGCGGGAAAAGCAGCAGGAGCAUGCGCUUCUGAGCCUCUCGAGUCUGCGCCAGCGCAUCCAGCUCAACGAACAAAAGUACCGCGAACACAUGCGGCGUAUGCGACAGAACGAGCACGUGACCCAAGCGCUCCGUCGCCGCCUCGAAGAACUCUCGGGGCACCCGCAGUCACUCCACGCCCUUGGGAUUGCCGAGCUGCGCGAGCUCGAAGACACGCUCGACACGGCCUUGUACAAAGUGCGCACGAUCAAGGAACAAAAGAUUCAAGAGCAAAAGCAGCAACUCGAUCGGCAGGUCGAAGUACAGCAGGAGCUCAAGCUCUGCGUGAUUUGCCUCACGGCGGAGAAGACGAUUCUGUGCUUGCCGUGCCGCCACGUGUGCAUGUGCCAAGCGUGCUCAGGCCAUGCCGAAGUGACGCGGUGCCCGAUUUGCCGCCUCGACAUCCAAGAGAAGAUGCUCAUUUAUGCCUAAUUGCAAAUUGCACUACACUUGACGACAGGAUGGCGACAGCAGCAAUAUAAACUCUAGCCACCAACCAGCACGAUAAAUAAACCUUCAAAAUCUGAAACCAAUAUCUGGAUA